CCACGCUCGUCCGCUUUUCGACAUAGCCACAGCAACCAUCAUGGCAGGUCAAAAGCUCCCAGACAUGGCUGCCAAUGGCCCGGUAUCGAAACGCCAAAAGGUCCAGGACGUUGGCGAGCAGAGCUCUGCACAGCUAGUUCGCCAGUCCAAGAUCUUUGCGCCCUUCAGAACUGUUGGGCUGGUGUCUCCGACCAACGUCCCCUUCACAUCCAUCCCGCUUGGGAAAACGACAUUCCAGAUCACUACCUCUGUCGGACGCUCACUGCAGACCUAUGACCUGAAGCGCGGGCUAAACCUCAUCUUCAUCACCCGCCCACAGACGCCAGAAGACAUUAGCGCGACAGUCGCAUGGAAGAAGGUCGUCUUUGCAGCCUGGGGUGGCCAUGGGCGCGACUCGGCACGCGGCGUCUGGGUCUUCCAGCGUGGAAAGAAGGUGGCUGAGCUGGAAGUGCCGCGGGGUGGCAUUGACAAGAUCACGAAGCUCGUGGUCAUGGGCGAAUGGAUCGUCGGCUGCGGCACGACCAAGAUUGAAGUCUGGAGGUCCAAGACGCUGGAGCACUACACGACCCUGCAAGGCGCCUCGUCGAGCACCCUCUCGGGCAGCAUCUGCAACAUGCCGACGUACCUCAACAAGAUCUUCGUGGGACGACAAGACGGAUCGGUCGAGAUCUGGAACCUCAGCACGGGGAAGCUGCUCUAUACGCUCCUCCCUCCCGCCGCAGACUUCGGCGCCGUGACCGCUCUGCAGCCGACACCAGCUCUGUCCCUCCUCGCCAUCGCAUAUCAGUCAGGCCCAGUCGUCUUACACGACGUCCGCUCGGACAAGGAAGUCAUGCGCCUGAACACCGGCGGCUCGCAGAAGCUCCCAGUAACCUCUAUUUCCUUCCGAACAGACGGACUAGGCGCCGGAGAGGAUGGUCGUGAGGAUGGCGUCAUGGCCACUGCAACCACAGACAGCGGAGACAUUGCGUUUUGGGACCUCAACAAAGGUGGCCGCAAGAUGGGAACCCUGCGCGGGGCUCAUGGCCCUCCUCCGACUGCAGUUGGCGGUGUUGGUGGGGGUAUCAGCAAGAUUGAGUUUCUGGCUGGUCAGGCAGUGAUUGUCUCGAGCGGGCUGGAUAACACUUUGAAGAGCUGGAUCUUUGACGAGACACCCUUCUCACCGACGCCUCGGAUUCUGCAUUCCCGUGGUGGACAUGCAGCUCCUGUAUCGACCCUUCGCUUCCUCCCUUCAAACGCGGACGGCUCUGACGACACCGGGAAGUGGCUGCUCAGUGCGAGCAGAGACCGAAGUCUGUGGGGAUGGAGUUUGCGCCGAGACGGACAAAGCACAGAACUCAGCCAGGGCGCGAUCCAAAAGAAGGCGAAGAAAAUGGGUCUCCUCAAUGGCGGUUCGGAAAGCUCCAAGAACCAGGUCAAGUUGGAAGACCUCAAGGCUCCGGCCAUCACAUGCAUUGCGUGCUCUCUCAACCGCGACGGUGGCAUGGGCGCAAUGCCUGGCGUAGCAGGUAUCUGGAACAACUCGUCCAAGGUGAAGGGACAAGAUAAAAAAGCACCCGAGGUCAACAUGACUGGAUGGGAAAGCAUCGUCACUGGACACGCUGGGGACAAGACUGCAAGAACAUGGUUCUGGGGGCGAAAACGCGCAGGGAGAUGGGCGUUCAACACAGGCGACGGCACAGAAGUCAAGAGUGUUGCCAUCUCACCCUGCGGUACAUUCGCGUUGAUCGGUUCAGCUGGUGGCGCCAUCGACAUGUACAACUUGCAAUCUGGACAGCACCGACGCAGGUUUCCCGCACGCUUGACACCCGCCGAAGCCAAGAAGUACAAGUUGCUACAACUACAAGCCGAAGAAGAUUUCGGUGGAGAUACCGGCGCCUCCAAGAAGUUUGGCAGGGGUGAAGGGAAACACAAGGGAGCUGUCACUGGUCUUACGGUGGAUGGUCUAAAUCGCACGGUCAUCAGUUGUUCAGACGAUGGCAAAGUCAAGUUUUGGGACUUCACCACUGGCUCCUUGCUCCAUGAGAUCGAUUGGUACCCCAUGACCAAGAUCCUAAGCCUACGCUACCACCGCAACAGCGAUCUGAUAGCACUGAGUUGCGACGACGGUUCGGUACGGGUUCUUGACAUCGAAACGAAAAAGCUUAUCCGAGAGCUGUGGGCAUCCCGGUCUCACGCUGAGCUGCAGACACUCGACUACACUUUCUCGAGUGAUGGCCGAUGGAUCAUCUCUGCAGCGUCCGACUCCGUUGUCCGAGUUUGGGAUCUACCGACUGGCCAUCUCAUCGACGCCAUGAAGCUACCAAGCAAGUGCAACACCGUUGCCUUCUCCCCGUCUGGAGAGUUCCUCGCUACAGGUCUAGAUGGCGAGGUGGGAGUGCACAUCUGGACAAACCGCACCCUCUUCACCCACGUCUCCACACGCCAGAUCACCGAAGACGAUAUCGCCACCGUUGAUGCUCCAACAGCGUCCGGCGAAGGUGGUGUAGCAGUCGUCGAAGCCGCCGCUGAAGACGAACCCACGGAAGAAGCCGAAGACGAAACAACAGUCCCCAUCAUGGACCAACUAAGCGACAAGAUAACAACCCUCAGCUUAGUCCCCAAAUCGCGCUGGCAAACACUCCUCCACCUCGACGUGAUCCGCGCGCGCAACAAGCCAAAAGAAGCACCCAAAGCGCCUGAAAAAGCGCCCUUCUUCCUACCCUCCGUAGGCCAAGCAGACACAUCCGCCCUCGCGCCUCUCAACCAAGAACCAUCAUCCCGAAUCUCGAGUUCCGCGCUCGCCUCGCGCUCCACAGCUGCUUCCUCCACAAACGAAUUCACGCGCCUCCUCGCUCAGGCAUCGCAAACAUCCGAAUACACACCCCUCCUCACUUUCCUGUCUUCCCUCCCGCCCUCCGCUGCGGAUAUCGCGAUCCGCACCCUGGACACGAGGGAACCGUACACGGAGCUCCGCACUUUCAUCGACGCGCUGACAGCGCGCUUGCAGGAGCGUAGGGACUAUGAACUCGUGCAGGCGUGGAUGAGCGUGUUUCUUAGACUGCAUGGGGAUACGAUUGUUAGGGAGGAGGAGUUGGUGGGCGGACUGAGGAAGUGGCAGGAGGAGGCUAAGCGGGAGAGGGAGAGGGUUGGCGGGUUGGUCGGGUAUAGUGUCGGUGUUGUGGGGUGGGUUAGGAGUGCGAGGUAGAGGUGGAGAUUUUGUGGGCUAGGGGAAGGAUGGUGUUACGUUAUCAUCUCUUCGUUUGGGGGUGGUGUCUAGUGUGAGG